AUGCAGAAGGCUCAAUGGCUUAACGACGAAGACGAACGAUCGCAUUGCAAUAACUGCGAGAAAAGCAGAAGUGAUUGGAUGAAAAAUUACGAUACAGAUGCUAUUUUUUCUUGUCCCAGAAAAAAUUGUAACAAAGAUUUGACGUUCGAUGAUUUCUUCAAGAUGAACUGCUGUGAAGAACCUGUUUACGGGCACAAGUUCGAAAAGCUCAAAAAAUUGCAAUCGAAAGCAUUCGAAAAUUGUAAUCGAAAGUGCAAACUUGACGCAGAAAUUGAAGCAAUGGGAAAGAAGCUUGAGGAACUACAGAUCGAGCGAAAAAAUCUAGAGGAAGAAUCUUUGACAACGAAUGUUGAGCUUCUGACUCUUACGACUGAGAUUUGUGGCAAAGAUGUUAAAAACAAGUUCUCCUGCGAAGUUUGCUUCGAGGCCUACAAUGCCACUGACCACAUCGAGAUCGCGAUUCCCUGUGGCCAUCGAUUCUGUCUUGGUUGUCUAAAUCUGAUGGAAGAGAAGAUCUGCCCGACCUGCCGAAACGCGUUCAAUGAUGAUCAGAUGAUAAAACUUUUCUAA